UUUUCUAAUUUUAAUAAUUAACCUAUUUUUUGUUCUAUAUUCUAUUGAUCAUUAUUUUUCAUAGAUUUGUUUAGAAAUAGUUUGUUCAAAGUUGACAAUACUAAUCUAAAGUACGAUAAGAUUAUGAAUAAAUACUUCUUACUUCGUAUGCGUUAUGCCCUUUGAAAGAAAAUGGCGGACGCACACUCGCACAAAGCAUUCGCCGAACGCGGAUUAGUCCUCUGUAAUAAUUUGUACAUUUUUGUUAAACUUACUCGUGCAUAAUAUUAUGCAUUCGUUAUAUUCGUAAACCGAUUUUUAUCGUGUUUCUUAUCAUCGGUAUUAGAAUAUGGAUGGCGAAGAUGAUCUAGAGGAAACUGGGGGUCAGGUUUCUAAUAUUAAUCAACAAGUAGAUGGCUCAUCUGAUGCUGAGAAAUCUCCUAUAUUAGAAGAAGAUGAUGAUUAUGAACCGGAAGAAAGAAAGAAGAAAAAAGGAAAAAAACGGAAAGCACGCAGUGAAGAUAAGAAAGGCAAGAAAAAGAAGAAAAAGAAAAAGUCUGAUUCUGGAGACGAAAGUGAUUUCGGUGGUGGAGAUGUUGGUGAUGCAGCAGGUGAUGACAGCGACUAUGCAGGGAAUAGAAAGAGUAGAAAAUCUUCAUCGAGGAAAUCAUCCAGUCAUAAUGAACCGUCUACGCAAGGACAAGAACCAACAACUGGAAUGCCAACGAUAGAAGAAGUUUGCAACACCUUUGGAUUAACUGAUGUACAAAUAGAUUACUCUGAUGCAGAUUUUCAAAAUUUAACAACGUACAAACUGUUUCAACAACAUGUUAGACCACUUUUAGCAAAAGAAAAUCCAAAAGUACCAAUGUCCAAAUUGAUGAUGCUGGUAGCAGCUAAGUGGCGAGACUUCUCAGAGCUGAAUCCUCACACCCAACCGGAUGCAGAUGCAUCAUCUACAAACGUGGACGAUGAUAGCAGAAAUGUAAGAACAAAUCGUAGUGGUCCGGUCCAGGAAGCAGAGGAUGAAGAGGAUGACGACGAGGACAGCGAUAGAAAAAGGAAGUCUAGAGGAACAAGGGCCAAAAAAGGGAAGAAAGCAUCUAAAGUACCAACGCUUAAAAUAAAACUUGGAAAACGUAAAAGGGGAAGUUCAGAUGAAGAGGCAGAGGGAAGCGGGGCAGGAUCUGAUCGCGAUUCCGACAUGGAGUUCGAGCAAAUGUUGGCCAAUGCAGAAAAAGGAUCUGGUGGUGAUGGAAACAUGAAGGCGGGUGUAGAAGAGGGUGAAGUUGAACCACCAGCAGAACCACCUGUUCGCAGAAAGGCCAAGACCAAGAUCGGCAACAAAACUAAGAAGAAAAAGAAGACUAAAACUACAUCUAAAUUUCCAGAUGGAGAGGAAGGUCUUCAGACGGAUCAUCAAGAUUAUUGCGAAGUUUGUCAACAAGGUGGAGAAAUUAUCUUAUGUGAUACGUGCCCAAGAGCAUAUCAUUUGGUAUGCUUAGAACCUGAAUUAGAAGAAACACCGGAAGGAAAAUGGAGCUGUCCUCAUUGUGAAGGAGAAGGUAUUGCAGGUGCAGCAGAAGAUGACGAUGAACACAUGGAAUUUUGUAGAGUUUGUAAAGAUGGUGGUGAAUUGUUGUGCUGUGAUAGUUGCACAAGUGCAUAUCAUACACAUUGUUUAAAUCCUCCUCUGUCAGAAAUUCCAGAUGGCGACUGGAAAUGUCCCAGGUGUUCUUGUCCACCAUUACGCGGCAAAGUUGCAAAAAUAUUAACGUGGAGGUGGAAAGAAUGUCCAGAAACACCAUCAGAAGAACCUUCAACAAGUAAAGCAGCACCAAAGCAAUGUAAAAUACGAGAAUUCUUUGUCAAGUGGGCCGAUAUGUCUUAUUGGCAUUGUGAUUGGGUUACAGAAUUACAGUUAGAUGUUUUUCAUCCACUUAUGUUCAGAAAUUACUCACGUAAAUAUGAUAUGGAUGACCCACCGAAAUUAGAAGAGCCAUUGGACGAAGGCGAUUCUCGUGUAAAGAGAUUGAAAGAACAAGAUGGUGCUACUAAUAGAGAUGAUUAUAAUUUAGAAGAACGAUUUUAUCGUUAUGGUGUACGUCCUGAAUGGCUUGUGGUUCAUCGAGUCAUUAACCACAGACUUCAACGAGACGGACGAGCGAUAUAUCUUGUUAAAUGGAGAGAACUAGGCUAUGAUCAAGCUACUUGGGAAGAUGAACAUGAAGAUAUUCCUGGAUUGAAACAAGCUAUAGAAUAUUAUUUAGAUUUAAGGGCAGCAAAUUGUUGCGAUGGCAGUUCAUCUCGUAAGGGUAAAAAAGGUAAAGGUAAAAAAUCCAAAACACGUGAACUCAUUGAUGACGAAGAAAGAACACCCAAACGUUAUACACCACCACCAGAUAAACCAACUACAGAUCUUAAGAAAAAAUACGAACGUCAACCUGAGUAUUUGGAUCAAACUGGAAUGCAAUUGCAUCCUUACCAAUUAGAGGGAUUAAAUUGGUUGAGGUAUUCAUGGGGACAAGGCAUAGAUACCAUAUUAGCAGAUGAGAUGGGUUUAGGAAAAACUAUACAAACCAUUACAUUUUUAUAUUCUCUCUAUAAAGAAGGUCACUGCAAAGGACCCUUCCUUGUAUCCGUUCCACUGUCAACGAUUAUCAAUUGGGAACGUGAAUUUGAAACAUGGGCACCUGAUUUUUACUGUGUCACUUAUGUUGGUGACAAAGAUAGCAGAAUGGUAAUUCGUGAAAAUGAAUUAUCCUUUGAAGAAGGAGCUGUUCGAGGCAUAAGAGCAUCAAAGAUUCGAUCAUCACAAAUAAAGUUUAAUGUACUAUUGACAAGUUACGAACUGAUUUCCAUAGAUUCAGCGUGCUUAGGUUCGAUAGAUUGGGCCGUACUCGUUGUAGACGAGGCACAUAGAUUGAAAUCGAAUCAAUCGAAAUUCUUCCGAUUACUUGCGUCUUACAAUAUUGCAUAUAAACUUUUAUUGACUGGUACACCAUUACAAAAUAAUUUAGAAGAAUUGUUCCACUUAUUGAAUUUCCUAUGUCGUGAUAAAUUCAACGAUCUAGCAGCAUUCCAAAAUGAAUUUGCUGAUAUUUCAAAAGAAGAACAAGUGAAAAAGUUGCACGAGAUGCUUGGGCCACACAUGUUGCGUCGAUUAAAGGCUGAUGUAUUAAAAAAUAUGCCAAGCAAAUCAGAAUUCAUAGUAAGAGUUGAAUUGUCACCAAUGCAAAAGAAAUAUUACAAAUAUAUUUUAACGAGAAACUUCGAAGCACUCAAUCCUAAGGGCGGAGGUCAACAAGUAUCGUUAUUGAAUAUUAUGAUGGAUCUUAAAAAAUGUUGUAAUCAUCCAUACUUGUUUCCUGCUGCAUCGCAAGAAGCACCAACCGGACCUAAUGGAAAUUACGAAACGUCUGCAUUGAUUAAAGCUGCUGGAAAAUUAGUUUUAUUGAGCAAGAUGUUAAAAAAAUUGAGAGACGAUGGUCACAGAGUUUUAAUAUUCUCUCAGAUGACUAAGAUGUUGGAUAUACUGGAAGAUUAUUUGGAAGGAGAGGGUUACAAAUAUGAAAGAAUAGAUGGUAAUAUUACAGGUGCCCAAAGACAGGAAGCUAUCGAUAGAUUUAACGCUCCUGGUGCACAACAAUUUGUAUUUUUACUUUCUACACGUGCUGGUGGAUUGGGUAUCAAUCUGGCAACAGCAGAUACUGUUAUCAUUUAUGAUUCUGAUUGGAAUCCUCACAAUGACAUUCAAGCAUUCAGCAGAGCACAUAGAAUUGGUCAAGCCAAUAAAGUUAUGAUUUAUAGGUUUGUUACUCGUAAUUCAGUGGAAGAAAGAGUAACGCAAGUAGCUAAACGUAAAAUGAUGCUUACGCAUUUAGUUGUUCGACCAGGAAUGGGUGGUAAGGGUGCUAAUUUCAGUAAACAAGAACUAGACGAUAUUCUUCGAUUUGGUACCGAAGAAUUGUUUAAAGAAGAAGAAGGUAAAGAAGAUGAAGCAAUUCAUUAUGAUGAUAAAGCAGUUGCCGAAUUGUUAGAUCGAAGUAAAGAAGGUAUAGAACAGAAGGAGAAUUGGGCAAAUGAGUACUUAAGUUCAUUUAAAGUAGCAUCUUACGUGACAAAAGAGGGUGAAACCGAAGAGGAAGCGGAUACUGAAAUAAUUAAACAAGAAGCAGAAAAUACUGAUCCAGCAUAUUGGAUAAAGCUUUUAAGACAUCAUUAUGAACAACAACAAGAAGAUAUCGCGAGAACACUUGGUAAGGGUAAGAGAGUAAGGAAACAAGUUAAUUAUAACGACGGUGGUGUUACGGGAGAUCAAGGUGCAAGAGAUGAUCAACCGUGGCAAGAGAAUUUGUCAGAUUACAACAGCGAUUUUAGUGCGCCAAGUGAUGACGAUAAGGAGGAUGAUGAUUUUGAUGAAAAGGGUGAUGGAGAUUUGUUAUCUCGUAGAAGUAGACGAAGAUUGGAAAGGCGAGAUGAAAAGGAUAGACCUCUUCCGCCAUUACUUGCCCGUGUUAAUGGUAAUAUUGAAGUAUUAGGUUUUAAUGCCAGACAACGAAAGGCAUUCUUAAAUGCUAUUAUGCGUUAUGGCAUGCCACCACAAGAUGCAUUUAACUCACAAUGGUUGGUCAGAGAUUUGAGAGGGAAAUCGGAGAAAAAUUUCAAAGCUUACGUUUCACUUUUCAUGCGACACCUUUGCGAGCCUGGGGCUGAUAAUGCUGAAACAUUUGCCGAUGGUGUACCAAGAGAAGGCCUUAGCAGACAACACGUUUUAACUAGAAUUGGUGUAAUGUCUUUGAUUAGGAAAAAGGUUCAAGAAUUUGAACAUAUUAAUGGAUAUUAUUCAAUGCCAGAAAUGAUUCGUAAGCCGGUAGAACCUGUUAAGGUUGAAGCAGCUGGUGAUGCAGCUACGGGUACUAGUAGCACAAGUGCCACGCCUGCUACUUCCAAUGCACCUAGCCCUAGUCCUGCAGCCACGCCAACGCCUACAUCUGCAUCCGGCACGAUGACUAGUGAAAAUAACAAAGCCAAUGCUGAUUCAUCCGAAACAAAGGAUUCCAAGGAUGAUCAAAAGGAAAAGGAGGGUAAUGAUUCCAAAGACGUGAAAGAAGAUACUAAGGAUAAAGAAGAGGAAGAUGGAAAUAAAGAUAAAGAGAAAGAUAAAGAAGAAAUCAAAAAAGAAGAAAAAGAAACGGAAACAGACAUAUCGGAUAAAGAUAAGGAUAAGAAUGAUGGAAAGGAUGAAAAAGGUACAACGAAACAUGAUGAAAAAACUGAUACGAGUGACAAUAAACAAAAAGAAGCUGAGGAGGAUGUUGUUAUCGUUAAAGACGACGAAGAGGAAACAGAAAAACGAGAGGAUAAAGAUACGAAAGAAAAGGAUACUAAGGACUGUGAUUCUGAAAUACUUAAAACUAAACGUAAAUUCAUGUUUAACAUUGCCGAUGGUGGUUUUACGGAGCUUCAUACUUUGUGGUUAAAUGAAGAAAAAGCUGCAGUACCUGGUCGUGAAUAUGAAAUUUGGCAUCGAAGACACGAUUAUUGGUUAUUAGCUGGUAUCGUUACUCAUGGAUAUGGCCGUUGGCAAGAUAUUCAAAAUGAUAUACGAUUUGCAAUAAUUAACGAACCUUUCAAAAUGGACGUUGGAAAGGGUAACUUUUUAGAAAUAAAAAAUAAAUUUUUGGCUAGGCGUUUCAAACUUCUAGAACAGGCAUUAGUGAUAGAAGAACAAUUGAGGAGGGCUGCGUACCUGAACUUAACACAGGAUCCCAAUCAUCCUGCAAUGAGCCUCAAUGCCAGAUUCGCCGAAGUUGAGUGCCUUGCUGAAUCACAUCAACACCUUAGCAAAGAAAGUCUUGCUGGUAAUAAACCUGCAAACGCCGUACUGCAUAAGGUAUUAAAUCAAUUGGAGGAAUUACUGUCUGAUAUGAAAUCAGAUGUCAGUCGUUUACCAGCAACUUUGGCACGUAUUCCUCCAGUCGCCCAAAGACUUCAAAUGUCCGAGAGGUCGAUAUUGAGUCGAUUAGCUGCAACUGCCCCAGGUGGUAAUAGUUCUCAAGCUGGUCAAUUAUUGGCACAACAAUUCCCUGCAGGCUUUUCUGGAGGACAACUGCCAGCGACAUUUGCAGGUGCCGCUAACUUUGGAAGUUUCAGACCACAAUACUCAGUACCAGGUCAACCACCUCAAGGUUUUACAGUUUCAACAUAAAAUCCUUGAAUUCUUUUAAAGAAUUCUAAUAUUGGCGCUGGUUGCAUUGAUUCAACAAAAUAAUAACAACAACAACAAUAAUAAUAAUAAUAUUAUUAAAUGAUGGUAACAACAAUAAC